GGCAGCUGUAGCCGAAAGAGGAAAGCUGCAGUCGACCAGGCUGCUUCAUACAACAUAUAGAAUAGAGUCGGGGUUGGAAAUGUUAAGAUGGUUGGAAAAGUGAAACAUGUCCGCCAGAAGCUCCACCAAGAGGCGGUGAAGCUCCACACCCCCCACGGCGUCAGUCAGCCCGGCGGGACCGAGCUGUCCCACAGCCGUCUGGAGCUCCACAACAGACCGGUGGACAAAGAACCGACCCCCUCCAAAGAGGAAAGACAGGUUGUUUCUCAGAGCUCCUUUCCUUCUGGGGUAUUCGCUACAACCAAGAUAUCCGCAGAGUCUCUGGUCCAAACACUCAGCUUUGAGGAACUCCCACAAGUCCAGCCCACCAACACGGGGCCAGGGGAGAAAAGACUCAAGCCAAAGAAGGAGAAGAUGAAGGAACGGAGAGAAAGGUGGCUCAGCAAGAUCAGCUCCAUCAGACAGGCCAAGGAGCAGCAGGCGGCGGAGGCCCGGCGGCAGGCCACGCCCGUUGUGGGCGACCUGAAGCCGCUGGUGGACGCCCUGCCGGAGCUCUGCCAGCUCAUCCAGCCCCCGGCGGCUUUGGGGUCCCGCCGCAAGACGAGGAAGAACAAAACGCCGAUGAGGAGGCCCGAGCCGACGGACUUCAGUCAGAUGAAGCAGUCCCAGAAGCGCAAACUGCUGGAAACCGAGAGCAGCCGCUUCACAGACGCAGUCCGGACGCUCUCCGGCACACAGAACCCGCUGGCUGACAUCGGGGAGCAGCUGAGGAAGAGGAUGAAGCAAGAGGAAGAGCAGGGUCCCAGUUAGUGGCGGGUGGACUCUCGGACAGGAAAAGCAGGAGAAGCCGAUGACUGUAACCUGCGGCUUCCCACCGUGACUCAGAGUAUUUUUAAUAAAUAAGUUUCUGUCGUCGUCCACACGCAGCUCAGAGCCGCCGCGGUCCUCUUUCUUUCUGCUUAACUUCUGUCAGUCUCAAAGGCCGGUCCUCCAGCUGCUGGAACCGUCAACAUCAACAGGGAUGUUCAGCAUCCGAAUCCUUUCUUCUGGAAGUGUCGGGUUGUGUGAUCCUUUUCAUGGCUGGAAGCUCUAAGAACCUGAGCUGCUGUGGUGCGGCUGGUGAGCUGUGGUCAGAUCAGAGGUAAGACGAAGCUGAUCAAUAGGCGCUGCUGUGCUCGUGUGGACCCAUUAGUGUUCAUUAAUAAUGGAUCCUACGGGAAGAGCACAGGGUCAAAUUAAGUCAUCAGAGCUCUGUGUUACCGGUGGGGACCAAACACUGAAUUUUGCUCUUUUUCAGCUGAUUGAUGUGAACAUGGGCAUCUUUAUUUUGGUCUCUUCAGGGCCGUGAGUAGUGAGUGUUGUUCUGGUGGUGGUGUAUUAUCAGCCAACCGUUAAAUCAUGGGCCGUCUCUGUGUUCUGCCUGUAAGCCCAGCAUUUUAAAUAAAGCUAAAGUGUCACGUGU